CAGCUUUUUACAGAGAUUAUUACGUUAGAGAAAUGGAUCGUAUGCAAAAAUUUGAAUCAAACAUAAAUCAGGGCAAGUGCAUGUACUGUAUUGGUCAAGUUUUCAGUUUUGUUCGGCUGGCUGGCUGGUUGUCUGUUUAAUUAUUGCAACAAUUGGAUUUCAUAACAUCAACCCUUUGAGCUCCACAUUUUCAAUUUAGACAACGAAUUUUGGAAACAAAUAUAUGACUUGUGAAAUUAAUCAAACUAUGUAAAUUAAAAUUUAUCUUUCUACGGCUUUGGGGGACUAAGUUUUUCUCUUUUUGUGUUUGUUUGAAAGUUUUUUGUGUGUAAUUUUUGGAUUUGUAUGUGUUAUUGUAAGUCACAUUAUAUUUGUUGUUUUGUAUUUGUUCAGCAGUGUUUCUUGUGAAGUUGUGGAUGUGUGGAUUUGUUGUAUUGUUGUGAUAAUUUGUUAUUGGACUUUUUUUGGAUAAGAGGGGCAAUUAAAGUAAUUACCAAAAAUAUGAAGACCUUUACAAAUAAAAAAUAAAUAAAUAAAGUGCAUUAAUAGAAAUAGGAGUGUGAGUAUGACCACCCUUCCAGAGUUAAAUAUAAUGGAUGAUGUGGCAUUUGCAGUUGUAUUCUAGAAGACCAAAUCUCAUUAAUAUAAUGGAGUAUGAAUAUGACCAAGUCUCUUUUAGAUAAUCUGCAAUAUUAUUAUUUUUCUAAUGCUUUGAUGUUAAUCAAGGAUGAGCAACGUACAUUAUGAUAGAUCAUUAAAAUUUGAAUAAAAUUUUGAAAUUGUUGGUGGUCUAAAAUUUAUUACAAAGUUGAAUGUGCUAAUCAAAGGUGAAAAAUUGUCGAAUUAUUUUGACUCCUUUUUUUUGGUAGAAUUGUGAGUUCUAAGAAAACUUAAAAUAUAUUGCAUUCUUCUCUUUGACAAAGAGCUUCUCAUUAAACUAACUAAAUUUUUAGUCAAAUUUUAGUUAGAAAGGUACUUUUCUAUUUUUAAAUAGUCAUUUUUUAAAUACAUUCUGAGCAAUCUCUCUAUUCACUUUGAAUAUUUCCUUUAUUUUUUAAUUUUAAAUUAUUCUUUAUUAACUAAUACAACAACUCUUAAAUAUGAAGUAAUCUUUUAUUAAUGUUUCACUAGCCAAUAACAAAUGCUACUAUAGUUGGCUUGAUAGUUUUAUGGGAUUGAAUUUUUUACGAUUGACUAUUUAUUUUGAAAAAAUAAAAAUAAUUAACUUGAUAGUGGUACUUACUCUUAAUCAAGGUUUUUCUAAUUGUUAUGAUUGUAAUUCCUUCUAGAAGAUAAGAUGGCUUCAGAUUUGUCAAGUUAGCCCACCACAAAAGGUGGCAGCCCACAUCACUCCUUUUCUUCUUUAAUUAAUCAUCAUUAUAUUUUGUACAACAAUAAUCAAUAUGGGCAACUAUAUGCAUAGGAAAGUUCACUUCUAUCCCAAAUAACCAAUUCUUCUCAUCCUCCUGUGUAGGAAGAUGGAUGGGAAGAAAGAAUUUGUUGAUUUAUCUUCUAUGAUGCUCUUUGAGGCCACAGGUGAUUCAGAGACCAUUUCUGAGCUAAAUAUAGUUGCAGUGGAUGCGGAGCUGAUGGAUGCAGCGGAAGAUGAUGCACUCUCAUGCAGCUGUGAUGACUUGAUGAACUGUGAGCUUGGCAAGUUUGAUGACCUAGGGCAUACCCAUGAUGAAGUUUAUCAUGUUGCUGAUCAUGGUGGUGAAGAGGAGGAAGAUAUUGAUCAAGAUUGGACUGAUGGUGGUGAUGAUGAAGAUGAUGAUGAAGUGGUGAUGAGCAGCUCUGCAAAAGCAAGGGAGCACAAGAAAUUGAGGGUUUGUGUUGAUUCAGCCAUGGAAUUGAUGAAUGAGAUGGAAAAGAGCAGGCUUUUCUGGGAGGCUUGCUUGGCAUCUUAGAAAGUAGGUCUUGUUUCUUUCUGUUUUUGGUAUAUUGGUGGCUGGGACCUACUUGAGAAAUAAGAGUUCUGAUCACUAAGCUAAUCCAGUGAUUUUAGAAUGUCUUCUUGUUCUUGUUUUCGUUGUUGUUGCUGUUUUUUUUUAAUUUUUUUUUUUUCAAAGCAUGUUGUGUAUGAAAAAGUGUGAAUCAAGUCCACUUUAUUCUUAAUUUUUUCAAUUGUGAAUAUAUGACUUUGUAAGUUAUAUGUUCUUGAAGAUGUUUGUAUUAAGAGUGAUGUAUAAAUUUUUGUUCCGUUCCUCUCUCAA